AGCCGGUGGUGGCCAGCUGGAAAGCUGUGAAUAGCCUGUGUUUCACAGCAGAGAGGACCUGAGCAGCAUGAGUUCGAAUCCGAAAUCCAUAGAGAUUAUUGGAGCUCCUUUUUCAAAGGGCCAGCCACGAGGAGGGGUGGAAGGAGGCCCGGAAGCACUGAGAAACGCUCAUCUUGUGGAGAAACUUAAAAAGCAAGGAUGUGAUGUGCAUGACUAUGGGGACUUGUCCUUUGAGGCUGUUCCUAAUGACACGCCCUUUAAAAUUGUGAAGAAUCCACGAUCGGUGGGAGCAGCCACCAGGAAGCUGGCUGGUGUGGUGGAGGAAGCCCAGAAGCAGAAGAGAGUCAGCGUGGUCCUGGGUGGAGACCACAGUCUGGCAAUCGGAAGCAUCUCUGGCCACGCCAGGGUCCACAAUGACCUUGCGGUCAUUUGGGUGGAUGCGCACACUGACAUCAACACUCCACAGACCACCAUCAGUGGGAACUUGCAUGGACAGCCCGUGUCUUUCCUCCUGAGGGAACUGCAAAACCAGAUGCCUGCCGUGCCUGGAUUCUCCUGGGUGACUCCUUGCAUAUCUGCCCAGAACAUCGUGUAUAUCGGCCUGAGAGACGUGGACCCUGGAGAACACUAUAUUGUGAAAACUCUGGGUAUUAAAUGCUUUUCAAUGACUGAAGUGGAUAAACUUGGAAUUGGCAGGGUGAUGGAAGAAACGCUCCGCUAUCUCGUGGGAAGCAAGCCUAGGCCAAUUCAUCUGAGUUUUGAUGUGGAUGGACUUGACCCAUCUUACACCCCUGCGACUGGCACACCUGUGGUCGGGGGUCUGUCUCUCAGGGAAGGUCUCUACAUUGCAGAAGAAAUCUACAAGACAGGAUUACUGUCGGGACUAGAUAUAGUGGAAGUAAAUCCAAGCCUGGGGACAUCCGACGGCGUAACUCGAACAGUGAAUACUGCGGUAGCGAUAGCACAGGCUUGUUUUGGGGUGGCUCGGGAGGGAAAUCAUGAUCCUGGGACUAAUUACCUUAACCCACCUCUGUGAAUGUGAAAGCCCACCGUUCUCUCAAAGAUUUGUGCUUUUUGAAAAAAUGUCUUUCCAAUGAGUAUAAGUUCUAUCAAUUCUCUUGUGAAAUGUAUGAUAGGAACAUUUUAACUCUUGAAAUAAAAAAGCUUUUGUUUUCUAGUUUGGAAGAGGAUUGAUCCUUUAAAAGCAGCACAAACUAUUUUCCAACCAAAAAAAAAAAUAGUGGCAUUUAAAUACAUAAAAUAACAGAAGUUAUCCCUUCUUCUUCCAAGAGUGGGAUUUUCUACAGGUGACAAACAUAGCCAUUCUGCAGGGGGGGAAGGAGGUACCAUGUGUCCAUGUGGUUCACAAUGUAAUUUUUAUAAUAAA